AGACUGAUACCUUUAUGUUGACUCCUACUGAUGAGGAAAGUGACCACCAGCUCCUCUCUCACAACUCUCAUGUAGCUGAGAGCCAAGAUCAGAAAGAAGACAAGCAUGGAGACUCAGGCUCAACUAAUGCAGAGCUAAAUCUACAGAAUCAGCAUCACGAAAGCAUAAAUCACAGAAACAAUGUAGACAACCCUAACCUGUCAGAGAUUCACUGUGAUACUCACACAGGUAAGCAGCCUUUCAAAUGUGACACAUGUGGAAAAGACUUUCAGAAUAAAUCAUCAUUGAAGAGACAUCUGAGAAUCCACACAGGGGAGAAGCCGUAUUCUUGCAAAACAUGUGGCAAAGUUUUCAGAAAUAAUAGUCACUUGGUAAUCCACAUGAGAAUCCACACAGGUGAGAAGCAAUAUUCUUGCAAAACAUGUGGAAAAAGAUUCACUCAGAAUUCAGCAUUGAACUAUCAUAUAAGAGUCCACACAGGGGAGAAGAUGUUUGCAUGCAAAACAUGUGGAAAAUAUUUCCUAUAUAAUAGUCACUUGACACGCCACAUGAAAAUCCACACAGGAGAGAAGCCAUAUUCUUGCAAAACGUGUGAAAAAAAAUUCCGAUAUAAUAGUCAUUUGACACGCCAUAUAAGAAUCCACACAGGAGAGAAGCCAUAUUCUUGCAAAAUGUGCGAAAAAAAAUUCCACCGUAAUAGUCACUUGAAAGGCCACAUGAGAACACAUGCAGGGGGAGAAGCUGCAUCACUGCAGCACACAGGUUCCAGGGAUUAAAGAAGAACAGGAGGAACUAAAAGGAGUGUGACACUCCUGACUUCAGGGUUAUAUUGUGCAUCUGUUUUGGGUUAUUUGAUUGCAAUGGGAUAGUGCUUGAUCACCUGAAUGUACAGGUAGGAAUGCAUGUGAUGGAGGAUAUGGCUGGUCGGAUGCUGGGCUUCAGAAGAUCGCGCGUAAUGCAUACUGGUACAUGCAGGCAGUCCCUGCACGGCUCCACGAGCAGGAGAACUCGGCUUUAGGAUUCAGGGGGAUCUAUUGGCAGAAAUGGAAUAUAGUAUUCAUAACUUUGUAUUCUUUCGUCUAUAAUCACCUGAAACUAAGAAUUGUUGUGUUUUCAUUAGAUUAAUAUGAGCCCUUCGUAUCUACAUGAGGAGCGUGUCCUCUUCCACUGAGACGGCCAUGUUGCCUCUUCAGUAUCACAGAACAGACGAACCAAACUGAUUCUAGAAAGGGUCGUCUGUGUUUUUACGUUACCGGAAGUCACUGUAGCUUCUCUCAACGCUUGGAAAAGGAUGUGAGCGGAGGAGUAUUCAGUUAGUUGCACCUGCAACCUCACCGCUAGAUUCCACUAAAUCCUACACACUGGACCUUUAAGGGGAACGUUAAUGUUGUAACUGACAAUGAUGAACAAACUGUUAACCAAGAUGAAUGUUACUGCAUUGCAUGGAACUUUUUAAUUGAACAAUGAUGACACUGAGCAUGGAUGAUUGUAGCAACACUGUUUAUUUAAUUUGUUAUACUGCUGCACAUUGUUUGAAGACUGACUGACAGAACAUACAGUGCAUCUGGAAUGUAUUCAUAACCCUUCACUUUUUCCACAUUUUGUUAUGUUACAGCCUUAUUCCAAAAUGGAUAAAAAUUCUCUCAACAUUCUACACACAAUACUGCACAAAGUGAAAAAGGUUUUUUUAGAAUGUUUUGCAAAUGUAUUAAACAAAAUAAAAAUAAAAUAUCACAUGUACAUAAGUAUUCACUCCCUUUGCUGUGACACUUGAAAUGAAGCUCAGGAGCAUCCAAUCUCUAUCAUUGUUGAGAUGAUCCUACACCUUUGGAGUCCACCUGUGGUAAAUGAAAUUGAUUAGACAUGAUUUGUAAAGACACACACCUGUCUAUAUAAGGUCCCACAGUUUACAAUGUAUUUUUGUGCAAAAACCAAACCAGGAGGUCAAAGGAAUUGCCUGUGGAGCUCAGAGGUAGGAUUGCGUCGAGGCACAGAGCUGGGGUUGGCUACAAAACAAUUUCUGCUGCAUUAAAGGUUCCCAAGAACACAGUGGCCUCCAUCAUUCUGACAGUUUGGAACAACUAAGACUUCCUAGAACUGGCUUCCCGUCACAAAUUGAGCAAUCGGGGAGAAGGGCCUUGGUAAGAGAGGUGAUCAAGAACCCGAUGGUCACUCUGACCAAGCUCCAGAGAUCCUCUGUGGAGAUAGGAGAACCUUCCAGAAGGACAACCAUCACUACAGCACUCCAUGGAUCUGUGCUGUAUGGCAGAGUGGCCAGACAGAAGCCACUGCUCAGUGCAAAACACAUGAAAGCCGCUUGGAGGACUCAGACUGUGAGAAACAAGAAUCUCUGGUCUGAUGAAACUAAGAUUGAACAGUUUGGCCUCAAUUCUAAACGUCACAUCUGGAAGAAACCAUGCACUGCUUAUCACCUGUGCAAUACCGUCCCAACGGUGAAGCAUGGUGGUGGCAGCAUCAUGCUGUGUUUUAUUUUUUCAGUGGCAGGGACUGGGAGACUAGUCAGGGUCGACAGAAAGCUGAAUGGAGCAAAGUACAGGGAGAUCCUGCAUGAAAACCUGCUCCAGAGCGCUCUGGAUAUUUUUUAUUUAAUUCAUUUUGGAAUUAGGCUGUAACAUAAUUAAAUGUGAAAAAAGUGUAUGAAUUCUUUCCAUAUGCACUGUAUUGCUGGAAAGGCCAGAAAAUAUAGAGGCUUAAGAGAACGUAUUCAUAUCACACAUGUUUGUUACCAAGGUAGAAAGGUGCAUCACAUUUUACAGUUUGUAAAUAAUGAACGUGAGUAUACAUUGUCUUGAAGAGAUGCUGUCAAGUAAUUUCUUUCUAAAUGCUACAAACAUAUUGUGAUAAAAAAAAAAAAGAAUGUAUACCAGGAUGUUGCCGUUCAAUAAUAUUUUGUUUUUUCAGUUUUAAUUUUUUUAUAAAUGCCUUUGUAUGAACAUGGAGAUAAUGGUAUGUGUUGUAUUUCAUGACAAGUAAUUACAACAAAUUAAUUAAAGAUCUCCUUUAUAUA